AUGCGCUUUCUCAUUUCGCUUGCUGCCCCGAUUCUGCUUCCAGUGCUUGGUCUGGAAGCUAACGGCAUUGGUUGUGAGGAUCUCACCAACUCUCAGCAGGGACUAUCACUGCUGCAGCAUGGCUCACGUAAAGUAGCAUCUUCCAUCAACUGGAAAGGUGAGGUCAACCAGCUGUCCCUCGACCGUGGGGUCCUUCUCAACCCCGGUAACUCCCCGGAGUGGAUGGAGAGCUUUGAGAGCAUCGAUGUCAAUGGGCGUUACUGCUCUAUUUGCAGCAUGCCUCAUGCAGACCGCGCCCCCAACAAUUCCUAUGUGCAACGCAGUGAUUGCGGCAACCGCAGCUACUGGGAACAUCCCGAAAAUGGGAACCUUCCCCUGAGCACUUUCAUAAAAGAGGCCACUGAGGAGCAUAACGAAACAAACGGAUGGUGCGAGCUCAACUUUGAAAAGGGCUGCUCUGAUGCCGUCUACAACAAAGACUACCUGUAUUUUGCCAAAAGCGUGCGGUGGCCUAACCUACCAAACAUUGGCUACUCAAUGUCUUCGUAUGAUCAGCACUUCUGUUACUACAAUGGCUGGUUGUCUGCGGAGAUCAGGGCGUUGCAGCACGAUUACGAGGGCAUGACUGCCAAAGGCAAGGAAAUCUGCAACUCGGAUCACCUCAUCAAGCUGGGGUCGAAGGGCAACAUGACCCUGAGUGACAUGAUGGUACGCUUCACGGCGGCGAAGCCCGGCACGCCCGGCAGCCGCCCGUCCAUCGACGAUGCCCACUUCCUGGCCGCCUGGGCAUGUGCCAUGGGCAACCCUGCCUGCGACAUGGCCUACUGUGCGUACACAUUUUGUGAGAAAGAAGACGGCGGUCUCGGCAUCUACUCGGAAUGCCCUGGCUGGGACCCUGUGAACGGCAUGCCAGUGAACUCGUUUGUGAAGCCGCAUGCUGUGACGCCGUCGACGAACAGCCUUGUCCGGACUGAACUUGCAAAGAAGGGUCUGAAGAUCACUUCAGAAGGGGAUUUGACCUCUGAAGUGAUCGACCAGAAGAAGCUGAUCGAUCAGCACUACUAUGCCAUCGCAUCCAAGGCAACGAUUCUAAAGCCCUCCGAGCUGAAUGUGCCAAAGGAGAAGUUCCAGAACCAGUUUGGCAUUUCCUGGGAUGACGCCAUGAAGCAGGGCCUCGUUUUCAACGCCAUGGAUGCCUGCAAGGAGCUGAACUGCAGCCCCGAUGAGCUCAACGCGGCCUGGGGUGCAUGCAAGAAGGCAGGGAAGCUGGCUAAGUUCGGUGGCGGCUUCUACUGCGGCAGAGUGGAAAUGUCCGGGCGGAAGCCCAUCUUCGUCUUUAACGGCUUCUUCAUGAGCAUGCGGAGUAACUUCACUGCUCCUGGAAAGAGCAUCCACUACUACACCGUGGAGUGGGAUGAGAAGGACCUGUCCUGGGAAGACUUCCGCGGCAAAGUUCUGGGCCCAACUGACCCGGCUCAAGCUCCAAAGGACUCACUUCGUGGGAAGAUCUUGGCAGACUGGAAGGCCUUGGGCCUCAAGUCGGAACCCAACGUCGGCGACAACGGAGUCCACGCUUCUGCCUCCCCUUUCGAGGGCAUGGCUGAGCGUAUGAACUGGUUGGAGAUGCCGUGCCGCAAGGACUCCUUCUGCUCUGCACUUGUCCGAGCUGGCUUGUCUGAGUCCACAAUCAAAGCCUGGUCUGUGGAUCCACAGGUCAAGCUUGGAGAAGGAAAGAAGGGCUCCCUCUUUGAUGCCUUGGAAGACCUGGACGUUUCGUCCUGCCUGGACAAGGCAAAGACCCUCAAUGCCAUGCAGCUCCACGGCUAG